AUCAUACAAAGGAAAAUGGAUGUUCUUCAUUUAAAAAUAGAAUGGCCUUAUUUAUUUGAGGCAGCAGGAAUGUUCGUUCAUUUUAUGGAACUCACUGGCAUUAACAUAAGUGAAAAAGUAGAGUCUGCCAUUGCUAGUAAGGGAGCACGAAUUCUAAAAUGGAUAGAAGAAGAACCAAACAUGAAUAUAAGGAGAAUUCAACAGGAACUUGUGGAGGCUAAAUGCUCUGUUGAUAAUGGCAAUGCAGAGGUAGCAGCUAUGAUCUGUGCUGCUAUGUCUUACCUAAAUGAAAAAGAAGACUCUCUGUAUGUAUGUGUAAAGCCAACUGCAGCUAGACCUGAAUUGGAAAAGGACCUUCCCAAGACACCAUGUUUAAUAGGCUUUGGGGCAUCAAGGUUGACGGCAACCAGAUAUAUGUUGUCAAUUGAUGGUGUUGUUGUCACUGACCAUAUCGCAACAUUUACUACUGGGCUGGCUAUGCUGCUGGCCUCCUACUACAACUUCAAUAUAAUGUACCCUGUUGAUUCUGCAUCGACACUGGAGUUCAUUCAAAGAUGCUUUGUUGGCAUCAAUCCAGAGCGGGGCAGCAAGAUUGAAGUAAAGAAGCACUGCAAGAGACGCACCCAAGUCCAUCCCAGAGUUCUGUCCCUGAUUAAUGCUAUUGCUGAUGUAGAGUGGAGGUGCUAAAUCCACAAGGUGCUGUCAGCCAGUGGAGGGGAAGGAACUGGAAGGUGAUAGAAACUGAGCGCUACUCGACUGUAUCAAAGUACUCUCCAUGCCUGAUGAUGCACAGUGUAAU